AACGAAGGCGGCUGCCGUGCCCCGUCAACCUGCAACUUCUUCCGGCCACCACUAGACGACUCUUCUCUUGUUCUUGAAGCUCGAGCCGCGAUCUCGAGUCCCACCUCCAGCAGGUUAGGAGGCGGGACCUGUCCCGGCAGAGGAGAGGCAGCAUUGCACAGCACAGCAAUUCCCCUCACAGCUGAGCUCCUUUCGCUGUGCUCACUGAUCCAGUGAUCUCUUUCCUUUGCCAAACGGCUCUCGGGCGGACACAAAGAAACGGCCGCACUUUUGAUAGAGACAAAGCAUGAGAGCGGCGGAGGCAUCAGAGAGACACGACGAAAUUUACCCGGACUACCGUUUCAUCUGCGCGGAUAUAUUGCGGAGCUCUCCAACCGUGCUCCGCCGAUGUGUUCACCGGUUGUAACCUAUCAAAGAGCGCCGAGAUCCGAGUGGCGGGAGGACUUCAUCUCACAGGACCGCCGAGGUUUAGGUGUGGAACAUGGAUAAAACUUUGCACAUUCUACAGAAAUCCACAGACGGUGUACGGACUGGGAUCGCCUUGAACGUGAGCUUAAAUGUGGAUGAAGGGGAGGACUUCAGAGAGCACUCAAUCGUGGGACUCUCGGACAAAAUACCUUUGGUGAAACCUUAUUUCAAAAAGAAGCAGAGGAAACUAGAUGCCAAAUGCCUUCACCGCGCCUUGGAGGAGCCCAUCCUGACCUCUCUGCUCAGCGGCGACAUAUCGGGGGACGGCGUGUUUGUGCCGCGUAGUCAGGCUGGACGCACGCCGGGGAACCUUUGUGCGGCCGUCGCGGCCAAACAGAACUGCAUCCGACCAGUGUGUGGCCUCAAAGACUCGCCGUCCGCCGACGGCGCCGCAGCGGGGACCGGAGAUGUGGAGAUGGCUGAUACUACUGUGGAGCUGGAGGAAAUGGAGCGCAGAGGGGAGCGACCUAAGGCAGGCCUCAAGGCUGCGGGGAGCACAGGGACAAUAACGUCAGCCAGCAGGGACGUGCCUCCCGUAGUUGCCCCUCAGGCUUCUCGUCAAGAGGGAGCCAUCAAAAGUAAUGACUGCUCAACUCACCCGAAUCCCCUCCCUGUGAAAGACUACGGUGCCCUCCAGGACAGCCACCCCCUCCUCGUGCAAGCCCAGCUGCCUGACAAUCGAGUGCUUUUUCAGGACAAAAGUGAAGAGGCCUCUCUGGACUUGGUAUUUGAGCUGCUCACCCAGCUUCAGUAUCACACACACCAGUCGGACUCUGUGGACAUUUGUGUGGAUUUCCUCCAAGGACAAUGCGUGUACGGCAGUGAUUGCGCUCACCACCACACGGUCCUGCCCUACCACUGGCAGAUCCGCAGGAGCGACACUCAGACGUGGCAAAGCAUCGCAGAUGAAUCCCAGGAACAGCUGGAGAGACUCUACUGCAACCCAGACAAUGACCAAGUCAGACUCAAGUACCAGGGAUCGGUGUUUUCCCUGGACUUUGGAGCCAUGCGGGUUUGUGACCUGAAGUUUGAUCGUGUCCGCCGGCUGUCCACUCCCCCCAAUCCUCUCGCCAUGCCUGUGACGAACCCAAACCCCACCUCUAGCUGUCACACGGUGUGGAAGUACUACUGCAGAGACAACUUUGGCUGGAGGGAAUACUCCGAGCCUGUGGUGAAGCUAAUAGAAAAGGCCACUCUGAGGGGUCUCAAGGAGGUGCGAUUCAUUACGCUCCAGAACCAGUACAUCCUAAACAUCAGGGAGGGCUUCCAGCAGAAUGCCAUGUUUGGCUUCAGGCGUCAGAUCAAGAAGCGGCCCAUGUUCAUGUCCUCGGUGAUGCUUGCCCCUCAUCUAGAGACUUUGGGUGGCAUCGCUUCGUCUCCGCUGUCUAGUUCUUCCUCCUCCCUGUCGUCCGCCUCAUCAAUGGAUGUCACGGCGUCGCAUCCGCUCUCCCCGACCAGCACCAACCCGCCGAGCCUUUUCCCAGAGACCUGGUUGCCCAUGGCAGUGAGCCAAGACUUUCUGCAGGUGCCCGUGUCCCGUGACGAUCGCAGCUACAGGACCGUGUACAGCUUGUUCCACAAAACGGUGGCGGAGACCAAGUUCAGGAUCAUUAAGAUACUCCGGGUACAAAAUCCUUUCCUCUGGGAGAAGUACAAAAGGAAGAAGGAGUACAUGUCCAGGCGGCUGUCCGAAAUGGACCGGCUGCUGAGCGAGCGUCAUCUCUUCCACGGCACCUCGGCGGACGUUGUGGAGGGCAUCUGCAAGCACAACUUUGACCCGAGGGUCUGUGGCAAACAUGCCACCAUGUUCGGCCAGGGCUCCUACUUUGCCCGGAAGGCCGUCUACUCGCACAACUUCUCCAAGCGCUCGCCCAAAGGAGUCCACUGCAUGUUCCUGGCCAAAGUGCUCACUGGCAGGUUUACUGUAGGAAAUCCUUCAAUGCGACGACCUCCGCCCAUCAACCCCCGCGACGCCUCUAGUGACCUGUAUGACUCCUGUGUGGACAACUGGGUGGACCCUCAGAUCUACGUCAUCUUCAACGACGACCAGAGCUACCCAUACUUUAUCAUUCAUUACGAGGAGGUACCCAGCAUGGUAGCCCUCUGAGCACACUUUCUUUUUGGCUGCUCUGGUGGUUGGCCUCCCCUAACUCCAACAAGCAUCCGAAGAGACGCUCGCAAACAAAGCUGUCAACUGGAUUCAACCUGACUGGGUUUUUCCGUCAAGAACCACAGACAAGUCGAGACCGUACUCAACUGGACACAAGUGGACUGUCGAGGGACAAAAAUCAAUGUCACUCCCUCAGUACGUUCACAUACGCUAGACAACACGCCAACGACUGUAUUACUUAAUACCCGUAAACAUUGAAUUGGAUUUGAUUUUGGAUUGAAAACUCCUUGUGACGGGUAGAAGCGUGCAGUACAGUACAGUACAUGGAGAGUAGAACCUACUACUUGAUGAAUGUGUGCAUGUAAACGUACUGAGAAUUCAGUCGGGGAUGACGGCUUGCAACAGUCGUGCUUGGCUGGAGUCGUAAACCGUGUUAACUAGAACAUUCAAGAAAAUCUAAUGAUAUCGCCCUUACCUUUUAGUAAGUAGUAGACAGUUGGCAUCGUUGAGUUUUGUAUUUCAAGGACGCAACAACCAACCAACAGAGGCAAACUCGGACCACCCCAUUCAUUAAAAACAACACCAAAAAAAAAAGCAAAAACAAAAUACAAAAAAACCUUGUGUGUUAUCCCUGCUGCUGGCCUGUAUGUUUUUCAAGCUCCAAGUCGACGUGUUGCGUGUUUCUAUUUAGUGGACUUAAAUCUCUGGGCCUCUUGAACCAGUCAAUGGACGGAAGUGUUGAGUAAAACUUUUUCCUAAUGGACAUCUACGUACUGUAAGCCUUCACAUGGAGGACUCGUACAAAGUUACAACUGUUCCUGGUUGGCGUGCGUUGCUGCAUUGGCGCCCACUGCUUUAUUUUCCGCAAGGGGGGUGUAUAGUUUUCAUCCUGACGCUGCAGCUCUCGCCUUCUCUCUCUCUCUCUCUCUCUCUCGCUCUCUCUAGCUCUUUCUCUCGCUCUCUCUCUCUCUCUCUCUCUCUCUCUCUCUCUAGCUCUCUCCCCCUCCCUCUCUCACUCUGUCUUUCUGACUGCUCAUGUUCAGACUGUAGACAAGUUUGAUUGAGACAAACUGUAAAAACAUUAUUUGUUUAUAUUUGAACUUGUGUGCCUUUUGUUCAUAAAAAUGUUUAUUUAUGUUAGUUUAAUGUAACAUUGAUUGAAUAAAAAAACGGAAAACAAA